AGGACCCUGCCAUCGAGACACCGGGGCAAGCGAUACUGGAGGGACUGAGGAAUUCGAGAAAACCGACCCGGAAAACGGAGAUUCGAGAAGCUCGCAAGGCCUGUCGAUCAUUGACGAUGACAAGAAAGGCGACGAGGGCGGCGAUCGGCGGCAGAACGGAGCGCAUUUCAUCCCCGGCGCAUGAUCCAUGACUGCCUGCUGGCUUCUCUCUCCACUCCAGACACCCCCCGCCGGCAUGAUGAGCGGCGAGAUCGAUGCGCUGUACAUCUACGAUGAGCAGAAUAGCCCGCUGGUAGAGCAGGUCUAUCGCUCCCGUCCGCCCUCCGCGGCAGCGAUCCUGCCCCUCUACCUUGAACAUCCGGCCCCCCGUCCGUCGCUUCUAUAUCUCCCUAGCGCUACUCCACCGGUGACGGUGUUCUCGAUCGUCCAGUCCAAUUUGCUGUUUCUCGCGCUCUCCGAAGUCGACACGGAACCCCUCCUGGUGUUGGAGUUCCUGCAUCGCGUCGUUGAUAUACUCGAGGAUUUCGUCGGUGCGCCGCUUCUCUCGUCCAAGGUGCAGGCGAACUAUGAUGUGGUUGCACAGCUUCUCCAUGAAAUGUGCGAUGCGGGCAUCGUAUGUAACACGGAGUCCAAUGCCAUACAGGAGGUGGUAGAAAUGCCGGGAUGGAUGGGGAAGUUGCUGGGAGGUGUCGGGUUGCCGGGCUCGUCAACACCUAUUCUAGGAUCCACCAACCCCCUCAAGCAAUCAUUAGCUGCCAAUGCCGCUGCCCAAGGCCCGGCGAUCCCGUGGAGGAGGUCCGGCGUACGGCAUACCUCCAAUGAACUAUACGUGGACAUCAUCGAAUCGCUCUCGGUGACGAUGGCACCGUCAGGGCGAUUACUGUCGGCCUUAGUAUCUGGAACGAUUGCUUUCACGGCCAAGAUCUCCGGCGUUCCCGACCUCCUUCUAUCCUUGACCACCCCGGGCGGGCAGCAGGCCAUCGGGCGCAAGGUCGACCUUCCCGUGUUCCAUCCCUGCGUCCGACUGGCCCGAUGGAGAGAAAAGCCCGGAGAGCUCAGCUUCGUGCCUCCAGAUGGACGAUUCAUUCUGGCAGGGUACGAGGUUGACCUCCUUCCCAUGGACGCUAGUCUCGACCAGCCACCCAAAUACAUGGAGAAGAUCUUUCUGCCUGCCUCCGUCAACAUUCGCAAAUCCCUUGGCACAGCUGGCUCCGAGUUCGAGGUCCGGCUCCUUCUCAACACUAACUUCCCUGGGCAACCCUCCACCAACCGCCCCGGUGCAGGACGAGGCGGAUCCGGGACCUCGACGCCGUCGUUCCUCGGAGGCGGAGGGAACUCGUCAGGACCGGUUCUCGAAGACGUCGUGGUCUCGGUGCCCAUUCCAAAGUCCGUCCGCAACAUCACAGACAUGCAAGCCAGUCGCGGCGACGCCGUAUUCUCACCCAACAGCCACACCCUCGAAUGGCGCGUCCCGACCAAAGAUGCGGGCACCGUGUCCGGCACCGCAGUUCUCCGAUGCACCGUUGUGGGCUACCAGCCCGUCGACGACGACCUCGAUGACGACGUCGAAGACGUCGACCAGGACGCCAACCUCCUCCAAGGCUACUACGACGCCUCCGCCUCCACCUCCUACCAGAACGCCGAAGCCGACACCAUAAAGCGCAAGACCAAGAAGAAGAAAAAGAAGAAGGUCAAGAAGUCCUCUCGCGCCGCCAACGCGCUCCCUCCCACCUCCGACGCGGACAACCAGACCCCCGAUCCGGACUCGCAACAACCCGACGACCCCCAAGCCGAGCCUCCAGCCCCUCAACCGCAACAAGAUCCCUCCUCCUCCUCGUCUGCCCUCCCCCCUCCCCCUCCUCCCCAAAACCAAGACUCCAUCUUCCACACCGCCCCCCGCAAGACCAAAUCGCAACUCAACGCCAACCUGAUGCCCAACUCGGCCUCCGUCUCCUUCUCCGUGCGAGGCUGGCUCCCCUCCGGCAUCAAAGUCGACAGUCUGAACAUCGACCCGCGCCGAAGUCGCGGCCUCGGCGAGGGCGUGAAGCCCUACAAGGGGGUCAAGUACCUGUGUGUGAGUCGCAAGGGCGUCGAACGAAGGUGUUAAAUACCGGAAGGAUGCAAUACAGUUGAAAAAAAAAAAAAUGAGUAAAAAAGUAAAGUUUGGAUGGUAUCUAUCUGAUCUUUGGCUAUAUGUGAAUUGAAUGAAAUGAAUAUGGC